AGGAGGACAGAGAAGAGUGUUUCGGUGUCAAAAAAGAAGCCUGCGUUUAUUUGACGGUAGAGAACAAGUGCAGUCGGCUGGUUGAGACUCCGGAUGAGACUUUUGAGGGGGGUCGCGGUGAAAAGGGGCUUUUCCGAUAAUCCAUUUAAUAGCCUUUAGGGAGUAAAGUCUGGUCAGUGACAGGGACGGCUCGGAUCAGGGGCCUGAUGUGAUGUGAUCUUGAUGUGAUGUGAUCUAUAGGCCCGCUCGAGAUGAUCCAAAAUCAGUGUACCGACUCGUGCCUCCGACGCACGCAGCCUCCCAUUCAUCGCCUCCAUUCUGGACCCGGAUCUGUCAGCCAUUCAGCAGGAGGCUGCCACCGCUUCCCAUUCAUGAAGUCCAGUAUACGCAGCCUGCACAACGAUCCACUGUUGGCUUUAAAUAGGCUCCCUGGGCCUGCAGUAGGCCUGUUUUAGGCCUGCUAUUGACUUUCUCUCAUAUAUCUUUUUAUAGGCUACACGAGUCAGUUAAUAUGAAGCCUGAUAAGUCUGAUUUCAACAGGAUAAAGGCCUUUACAUCACCGUAGUAUCAUGAUAAUACCCCAAUUAGGCUGUAUUGCAUCUCUGACACUACGUUGGCAUUUUACAGUGAAUUCACAGAAGUCUCACAGCGAAGGUAGACACUCUCCUCUCUGGUGGUCCUGUGCUGCGUUGGGACUGAUAGAAACGUUCCAGACAACAUUCAGUUGCAUCAAUGGAGGGAGGAGGUUAUCAGCUGCCAGGUCAAAGCCUCUCCUCGGUGGGUUGGCAUGGCCCAGUGAUGAACGGAGCGGUGGUGCCCGGUAGCCCGGAGCUCUCCUCCUCGUGCCCACUGCCUGACUGGCGAGAGUUCUGUGAGCUCCAUGCUCGAGCCUCCGCUGCAGACUUCGCUGACAAGUUCCAGCGCUUCCUGUCAGAGAACCCGUGCUACGACUCGCCCGGUGCCGAUGCCAGCUUCUCACAGCACUUUGCUCAUCAUUUCUUGGAGUGCUUCUCUGCAGCACUGACCCAGGCCCGGGAGAACCAGGCAUCCUCGCCGGGGGAGGACGGCUCCAACACAGCGCCCAAGUACAGCAUUGUUCCUUUCCUGGGAAUCCAGGGCUGCCCAUUGUCCUACGGUCACGACCUCUACCAGAGACGCAAGGACGCCGGGGCUUCAAGUGAAUCCCUGGACAGUAUGGACAGCGGAGGGGGAGGGAUAGAUGGGGGAGGCAGUGGCACUGCUGCCUCCCGAGGCCCCCAGCCGGCCCACAAGGUGUCUGCUCUGGGACAGUCCCGCAGCUCAGAGGACGUGUCGGUAAGUCAUCCCAAAGCUCGCUUCAAGAAAGGCUUCUCCCUGAGGAACAUGAGCCUGUGUGUGGUGGAUGGGGUGAAGGAGAUGUGGCACCGACGGGCCUCCCCUGAACCUGACGCUCCCUCUGGGGCCAGGAAGGCUAACGGGGGAGGAGGAGGAGGAGCAGGGGAGGCUGCAGGGGGAGAGAAGUGGUCCCAGAAGCUGCGGCUUCCCAGGGGUUCCCAGGGCCACAAGGCCGAGCUGCUGGAAAUCCAGAGAGAGGGAGCACUGAGGUACAUGGUGGCCGAUGACACAAACUGUAUGGGUGCUGCGCAAUGGCAGAAGUGCCGCCUGCUGCUGAGGAAAACCAAGAGGGAGGAAGGAGGGGAGAGAUUCCUGCUGGAGUUCUACGUACCACCUAAGUCCUCAAAGCCUAAGGUGAGCAUCCCUUUGUCAGCCAUCGUGGAGGUGAGGACCACCAUGCCGCUUGAGAUGCCAGACAAGGACAACACCUUUGUUCUUAAGGUGGAAAACGGGGGUGAGUACAUCCUGGAAACCAUCGACUCGCUGCAGAAAAACUCCUGGGUUGCUGACAUCCAGGACUGCUUAGACCCUGGUGACAGCGGUGAUGACAUCGAGCUGGCGUCAUGUCCUCAUGGUCAGGCCUCCAAAGAUUGCUCCAUGGUGGCCUCUUGCAGCUGUGAGCUGCUGUCUGAGGGUGUGUACCGUGCUCCAGAGAGGUCAUGUCCUACAGCAGCGGAGCAUUACAGCGCCCCCUCGGUCCGUUGCAGGGAACCCCCCUUCACCCAGCACCCAUCCCACAUGCCUUUAGAGCGUUUCCUCCAGUCCCCAGAGGCCCAGGGCUCCAACUCUGCAGCAGGUGGCAGUGAAGGUGCAAAAGACUCAGAUGGGGAUGCUAGCCUGGCGGGUUACCCAUGGUUCCAUGGCACACUGUCCCGUGUGCGUGCCGCUCAGCUGGUGCUUGCAGGGGGGGCCAGGAGCCACGGGCUCUUUGUGAUUCGCCAGAGCGAGACACGGCCGGGCGAGUAUGUCCUCACCUUCAACUUCCAGGGCAAAGCCAAGCAUUUGCGUUUGUCAGUGAAUGAGAACGGGCAGUGCCACGUCCACCACUUGUGGUUCCACACCGUGUCGGACAUGUUGAGACACUUCCAUGCCCACCCCAUCCCCCUCGAAUCUGGAGGUUCAGCUGACAUCACAUUACGCUCCUAUGUACAAGUGCAGAGAAGCUCCACCACAGAUGUGACCGUGCCUCCAGUCCUCACCCCACCCAGGGAUGCGGGCUGCCGGACAGAUUCAGCCCAGCCAGCUCUCCACCCUUCCGGGAUCACAGCCUCUGCAGGGCCUCCUCCUGAUACCCCUCUCUCUUCGAGCACCUCCUCCUCACCCACAGCCCUUCCCUCCCUCUCCCGCAGUGACCCAGGCACUGGAGGAGGGUUACAGAGCCGGAGCAACAGCUCCGAACGCCUGCUUGAGGCCUCUAGUGGUGCAUCUGAGGACUACCAUGAUGCUGAUGGGACUCGCAGGGCCCGAGCAGUAGAGAACCAGUACUCUUUCUACUAAAUGACCCAAGGCAGGCUUAAGUCAAAGGUUCUGAUUGGAUGAGACACAGAAAGUUGGAGGUGACAUGGGAUGCUCUGCUGAUGAUGAAAGUGAUCCAUAUCACUGGAUCACACAUUGUUUUAUUUGUUUGUUUUUGUUUCAAGGCAAUUUCCUGUUUCUCUGAUUUGAGAGGGGAGGUGAGAUCAUGCAGGGGCAGAGUGUUCACGCUGAUAAAUCCCUCAGGCUCCGUGGCUGCAUUUCAAACUAAAACUGUCAGCUGGCAUUGUGAACAAAGAAAGAGAGUGCUACAGGUCAAAAAAGGACAUGUUGAGACCUAGAUGUAAAAAACACAGCAGUGAAGAUGGGUGUGGGCGCAGAAAGCAAGAGGAAGUCAUCUAGUCGAGUCAUAUGGCUUUGAUUCACCUCAUCUGACCACUUCCUGUUCACUCUAACUCACACUUCCCCGGGAGCAGAGCCUGCGUCACCACCCCACUGAUGGAUCGAGAGUUUUGAAAUGACCCCAAAGAAACACUCCUUCCCCUCAGAGCUCCUCCGAGCUCCCGAGAGCAUCCAGUUAAUGUUUGUAAAGCUGCUUUGAGUCUGUCCCGGAUAUCCUCACUGUCCCUGUGGGGUUUCCCUACAAAAUCCUGCUCUGGGUCUGCUUUACACUAAUAUCAGCACAGCAAUCAUGGGUGUGUUAGUGUUAGCUCAGAGAUGUUUUUCUUAAAUGUGUACAGCCUAAAAGGUCUUAGUGCCUGACAAUUACCUUGGACUUGAACGGACACAGCGACACAGAAAGCUACUGUCAGUGACGAUGUCGAGGAGGAUGUUGACAUCUUGCAUAAUCACAACAGCCCAAAAACUAAAUGCAGGUGGUUCUUUUUACUGUCAGUUUCUGCUUAAAACACACUGAACAUGCAUACUGAAACGUUUUUGUUCUCACAGAUUUAUUGAUGGCUGCAACAUAAACACAAAACAUCAGUUUCAAAAUGUUAAAACGGAAGUGAAAAGUUCAGUUCAGUCUGUAUGAAAAUGAUGAGGCGGCUCCCAUUUUGGUGUCAUGCUGGGUUAUUUCUAUGAGUGUGUGGUGGUGUAUUAGAGUCCAAGUAUUUUUCAAUGAUCGGUGUGCUACAGUAGUGUUUCUAAAACAUGGUUUUCGAGGUCCCUCCGUCUGGUGCUGGUUCUGUAUUCAAGCUCAUCAUAUCGAUAACCUGUAGAUUAGAUAUGCUGUUAAUAUAGGAGUUCACUUUGAAGUAAUGCCUUGAAGAUUAUUAUUAAACCAAAUCCAGCAUUUAUCGGAGGGACUUGGGACUUGGUUUUUAGAACGGUGGCAGUAUUGCGUGUUGUUUGCACGGCCUGCAGGUGAACUUGUGUGAACUGGAACGGUACAAGCAGUAAAACAAAAGGUACUAAAUGGCCAUGCUUGAAUGGAAAGAUGUGAUAUUGCUGCUUUACUUUAUGCUGACCCAGUAUUGCUUAGGCUUUUAAGUUAGCUAUUCAAAAGGAUAUUAAAACCUGAUUAUCACACCUCAAGAUAUUUACAAUUAAAAGAAUUCAUGUCAUGGUCCAAGAGAUUCAUCAGAACACAACGUACCCUCUUAAAGCAUGUGAAACCCAUUUAAAAACCAUAAACCCAGCUACUAAAAAAGCAGCUACUAUAUAUAAUAUUUCCUUUUGUUCAGUUGAAAUAAACAAAUCAAGAUGCCACCCACGUCUGUCUUUUCAAGCACGGCCAUUUAGCUGUGAAGGUGAAAUUUCAAUUUCAGUCAAGGAGCAGGCAGAGCAGUUCAUGUGCCAAUUUGAAUCCUAUUUUUGAGACAUAUUUAUUCCUCAGCCGUUGUAAAUUACGUUUUUCCUAUUGAGUCUUAUUUAUGUACAAUUGAUUGAUUCUUCUUGAUGAAACGUCCUCAGUGGAAACCGUCCGUUGCAGGAGCCCAUCUUACAUAUCACAGAUUGCUCACGUCUCCCUUUUAUUUUCUUAACACUUCUUAAAGCUGAUUUUCUGUUGUCUGACUGAGUUUUGAAGAGUCUGUGCAAUUUUGUACAAAGUGAUGUACUUGACAUACUACUUUAUAUUUCUGUGAAUAAAAUGUGAACAAACUGUU